AUGUUGUGUGAUAAGCCUAUCCUGAACCUAUCCCUAGGCCGGAACCUGGAGCACGACGACCUACGGGAAGGGACCGACCUAUUCUUUGAGUGUAGGAUAGACGCCAACCCUCAUCCCUACAAGGUCGAGUGGUCGCAUGAUGGGGACCUGGUGACCCAUAACGUCACCGCCGGGGUCCUCGUCAGUGAGUCCACUCUGGCACUGCAGAAGGUCCGCAGAGAGAGGUCCGGACUCUACCAGUGCCGGGCAUCGAACGUGGAAGGUGACACCACCAGCGAGCCACUCAACAUCACCAUCAAAUACGCCCCUAGGUGCUCUGUCAGUCCCUCCCUGAGGGGCGUGGGUCUCCUGGAGCCCCUGAACGUCAGCUGUCAGGUGGACGCCAAUCCUCCUGACGUCACCUUCUCCUGGACCUUCAACAACUCCGUCAGGCGGGAGCAGAGCGAACAGGUCAACAGUAAGAGGUACAAGACUGAAGGGUUACAGAGCGUACUCUUCUACACUCCCAUGUCAGAGAGGGACUACGGUACCCUCCUGUGCUACGCCUCCAACACCGUCGGGGUGCAGAAGACGCCGUGCUCCUUCACCGUUAUCUCGGCAGGUGCCCCGGAGGAGGUGACGGGGUGUUCAAUAGACAACAUCACCUCCCACUCCAGCACCGUCCUCUGUACUCCAGGCUUCAACGGUGGCUUACCUCAGCUCUUCCUCCUUCAGGUGUGGAAGGAGAACACCCCGAGGGCCGACGAGCUGGUGGUGAACAUUACCCUGACGCAGCCGGAGUUCCUGGUCAGGCUCCUGGAGCCCGGACACCACUAUCGUGCAGAGGUCAUCGCCCACAACGCCAGGGGCGCCGCCCCACCCGUCACCCUCUACAUCCACACCCUCAAACAAGCGGAAAUGCAUAUAAGUUUACCAUCUCGGUCUGAGCCAUCUCCGCUGAUGCUGGUGCUGGCGGUGAUUGGUGGGGCUCUGCUGGUGGUGGUGCUGCUGCUGGUGGGCGUGUGGGCGGUGCGGGGCCGCAGGAGGAACUCCCACGCCCACGGAGACAACGCCCACAUCCCCAUGAAGGAAUCUAAUCCGGAUAUACUUGAGGCAGCUCCCCAGCCACAGUCAUCUGCCCACACCAUAAGCAUCAGCAUAAUUAAACAGCCACCGCGCUCCUAUGAUGGGGAACCUUCUCCUCCGCCUCUGAACGUGGCCGCCGAGGACCUAGGGAUGGGUAUGGGUCUCCGGACGGGGCUGUCGUCGCAGAAAACAACAUUUGGACUAUCCGAACCUCUGCACAGACCCAUUGAAAAGAGUUUACAGAACCCCGUCCGCCUCCCCUACGAUGACGACCCUCCAUCUUCUCCAGAAGUCUCUGAGAGGACUCAGCUCACACCAUCUACUAUAGACCCGUGCGUCACCCUGGGGGUGGAGGCCGCCGUCAGGGCCUCCAGACGGUUGCCGUACUCCAGGACUCCUGUCUACCGCGACGGAGGGUCCCCGUCAUGCGCCCGUCAACCACUCAUGCUGGGUAGUUCAGAGAGCGUGAUGUAGUCGAAGCUACCCCACCAGGCACAGGGACAAGCACGCUAUCAACGCCAUUCUCCUCAGAAUAUCUGUUUAAAAAAGUAAGCUUCAUUGCUCGAAUGAUUGCUAGUUGCAAAGGUUUAUAAUAAAUCACCAUUUAUUGAGGUGUUAUUUUUUGCAUGUUCAACUAACUGACUCAAAAAAUUGCCAAAUAAAAUAAAAAUAAAAACAUUUGAAACUAGCAAAAAUGACUAAAAUACUGAGUAUUAAAUUACCAAAUCUUUAUAGGGAAAAAAACCAUUAUGAAAAUAAUACCCGAGAACCAAUUAACGUAUAUUCCCCGCCCCCCCCUUUGGGAAUAUACCAUGUCCACAGGUUGUCAAGGAGACGAGAAAGAAAACUAUGGCUGACUUAGUGAUAGUGUUUUAACCCCUAUGUAAAUACCCGGUUCAUUUUUAUAUUAUAAAUUUAGGUCAGAAGACAAUAGCAUUGCAUCGCCAUAUUUUUGUACACAAAUUUUUGAAGAGAAUCUUGUUGCUAUCACCUAGAUAUUAUUUUCACUGUAACAUAUAUUUGUAUUGAAGCCAAAGAAACCCCCCACAAAGCCAGCUCUGUUACGCUAAGAAAUAAAGUUUAUAUCAGUCGUAUAAGGUCUGGUCACAAGGAGCUGCUACGUGUUAUGUGUAGAUGUGUAUAAAAUUAUAUACUUUUCAUUAGGAGGUUUUAUUGUCUUUUACAUAUUCUUCAGCUAUAUAGUUUCCAACUCUGGAUGUGUGUCAGGAAUACGCACACACACACACACUCUCAUAUUUUAUAUAUAUAUAUAUAUA